UAUAAAUUAGUUUAAUAAGUUAUUUUAAAAAUAUUGUUUACUUAACAAAAUUAAUCAAUUUUGGGCGAGGAGAGUAGAGAUAGGUGAAAAUGUAAAAGGUGCAUUCGUCCCCUAUGAAGACCUAUAUGUAUGUGCUAUCUUUUGCGUACAAUAAAGUAAAUAAAAUAUUGAUAAUAUUGAUCAAACAUUUGAACAUAGCAACAAUUGAAUAAAAUAGGUAUAAGCGGAAGGUAAUACAGUUUAUAGAUUACAACAUGAUGAAAGCGUGGUAUUUCUUGAGUUGCAUGUUUUUUACACUAAUAACAAUCGAAACAACAGGAGGACCAGUGACUUCUCGUAGUUGUAAGAAAAAUUCCCAGUGUGGAACUUUUGGUUACCUUUGUGGACAAAAUGAUACUUGCCAGUGUGGUCCGUUUUAUGUACUCAACAGUUAUGGAGACAAAUGUGUUGGAGGAAUCGGACAAAAAUGUCGUUAUGAUGAACACUGUAUUGAAGGGGCCUUUUGUGAAAUUCAGAUGAGUUGUCAGUGCAAGGAUGACUUAUAUCCUUCUGAGGAUAGAUUUUCUUGUUCAAAAUCUCCAUCGAUUGCUAGCCUUGAACCACACCUAUUUACUACAGGAAUUUUAUUAUAUCAGUGUUUGAAAAUUAUUUGAAUUACAAACUUACAAACGAAAUUUUUUAUUUAAUUAAAUUAUAGAAUUUGUUCAGCUAAUUUGUGUAAGAUUAUUUACUAUGAAGUAAAUUAUUGUUAAUUAAAUAUAUUAAUUAAUUUGAA